AUGGAAGGAGCCAAAAAAAACUUAUCCACUGCAACUAUUUAUGUUGGUCUUUCCGUGUCGAUGUUCAUGGCAUCGUUGAAUUCAACCGUCAUUGCCCCUGCUAUGGGCAAGAUUUCUUCUCAGUUGAAUGACAUCGAGGAUGCUACCUGGAUCGCUACAGCAUACCUUGUAGCCUUUAAUGCCACGCAACCUCUUUACGGAAAAUUUUCAGACAUCUUUGGCCGAAAAGUCGUUAUUCAGGUCGCCAUCUUUCUCUUCUUCAUUGGAUCCAUUGUCAAUGCACUCGCAACCUCUAUGGGUAUGCUCAUCGCUGGUCGAACUGUGCAAGGCUUGGGUGGUGGUGGUGUGAUUUCAAUCUGCUACAUCAUCAUUGCCGAUAUCUCUCCUGUGGAUAUGCGCCCUAGAUACCAGGCUCUCAUGAUGGUCAUUUACGGUGUCGCUAGUGUAGUUGGACCUUUGAUUGGCGGCGCUUUUGUUGAUCACGUUUCAUGGAGAUGGGAUUUCUGGCUAAACGUCAUUCUAUCAGUCGUCGCUUUCACCAUCAUUACUGUCUUUUUGAAACUGCCAGUGGAAGGACCUUCAUCGUUCCGAGACAAGAUGAAGCGAAUUGACUGGCUUGGUAUUGCUUUCUCUAUUCUGUUCGUCGUCUUGCUUCUCCUUGCUUUGAGCUGGGGUGGUGUCAAGUAUGCCUGGAACAGCCCUCAUGUCAUUGCAUGCUUUGUUGCUUCCGGUGUUUCGCUCAUUAUCCUCGGAUUUGUUGAAGGCUACGUUGCCAAAGAACCUCUCAUUCCGUUCCCUGUACUUCUCAAUCCUGCUAUAGCCAUCAUCUAUAUAUUCACUUUCUUUGUCGCCUUUGGAUUCAUCGGAACACUUUAUUUCGGUCCUGUCAUCUUCCAAUCUGUGUAUGGUGCCGAUAGUACGACAUCGGGUCUCCGACUUCUUCCCUACAUGGUAAAUAUAAUUUUGAUUUGCAUGAUUGCUGCUUCUAUUGGAAGUGGAUUUUUCAUCCCUAUUGUCAAGCGUGUCAAGCCUUUCAUUGUCGCAGGAGCUGCUCUUAACCUUCUAGGCUACGGUUUGUUCUAUACCCUAAACCCCGGCUCAAACUAUGGUCAGCAAACUGGAUAUCUCAGCUUUGCCGGCUUGGGCUUCGGCUUUACUAUGCAGAACUGCAUUGUUGCUGUCCAGAACUCUUCAGAGAAAAAGUAUCUAGCUGUCGCUACAAGUUUGAAUUCCUUCUUUAUGACCUUGGCUUCUGCUAUCGGUAUCGCCAUCUAUCAAACUGCUAUGAAUGUCAUCAUCGCCGGAGAACUGGAGUCUGCUGAUCCUGCCGCUGUACAAGCUGCUGAAGCCAUUGGUGCCAUUGCCAACUACACCGCUAUUGGACUCCUUCCAGAACAAUUCCGCAAAAUCAUUGUCGAUGUGUUCUCAGUCACCUUACACAAGGUGUUCAUCAUCCCUCUUGUUACUGCCGGCGGCGCUUUUAUUGUCUCCCUGUUCAUUAAGAAUGAUAGAUUUGGUGGACCCAUUGCAAAGGAGGAGGUCAACGUAAGCGAACCUACCGCAGCUGCAGACCAUAAGGAAGAGGUUGUUGAUGAGGAAAAGGCUAUUGCCUCCAAUGAAGCAUAA